GUUUUUUCCAUCUACAAGUCAGAGUUAUCAAAAGUGGAGAGUAAAUCCUUGGCCGUUGUCAGUUCAUCUGAUGAGUCCCUAGAGGCUUGUUGGUUUGUUGAUAGUGUCCUAUCAAAGCUCGAUGACUAUACUAUUUCCCAGUCACCCUCACCCAAUGAAGACUUGAGCGUGAGUACUCAAUAUUCUCAACUGAGCUCAGAAGAGAGUGUCAGAAUCACAGAGUCCUCUACUAGUCUGAUUCAGAGCAUUAAGAAGCUCUCUAGCAAUGACUUCCAGACUCAGGCAGAAGAGGCAGUGAGUAAAGUGCUGAUGAGAUCCAGUCAUUCCUUUAUCACACAGAUCAGCCAUACUGGUCUUCAGAAAAGUCUGCAGGCUGGCUUAUCAUCUAGCUCACCAUCAGAGAUCCAUGUCCUUUCAGAAUCCAUGUCCUCCAUGUCCUCUGAGAAUACAGCCUCUGGAUUAGUGGAAACCUUUGUCAAAGGAAUGGCGACUAUUUUCCAGAAAAAUGAGUCCACUGACACUGUGCUACUGGAAAGAAGUGGGAGAGUUUCGCAGUGCUCCCACGGGGGCUCCCAACUGGAUGAUACUGAAUUGAGUGUUAAAAUAUCAGAGGAGAAGCUUUGGUCAACAGCUAAGACCAUCUGCGUCAGUAUGAAGAACACACUUAAGGAUUUCUUCACAGGGCUGAAGCCACCCGGAUCCGAAAGGACAGAAAAUGCUUCUUCCAAAGAGACCCUUGGGGAAAUCCUGGUUGCUAUCCAGAGUGAAAUCUCAAACUUAGGGCGAAUGAAGGAUUCCAGGGAGCUCCUUCAGAUCAAUGAUGUGGUAGGAACUAUGCUGAAGGAGGUUGAGAAAAGUGAGGAUGACAGUGAACAAGUCUGCCAAGACAUCCCUAGAACCUGUUCAUCUUUGUCCACUUCUUUAAAUGGUCGUAGUUCCUUGUCCAGCUCUUCAAAGAGUCCUAGGUCAGAGUGUGAGUUAGAGAUCAACCUCCCUGGCACUCCCAUCCCUGACGAAGUGCCUUUUGAUCUGACCUGCCCCAUCGUCAGGAGCUCCUGCAUCGACACCAGGGUCUCUAAAAUGCCAGAGAUUUCUUCAAGUGACCUAAAGACAAAGAUGAUGGCACACACAGAUGAACCCCUGCAUCGUAACAGUCCAAUGACUGACAGCAGUCGACCACCGAGUGCUAAAGCCUCUUUUCGAUCCUCCACUCCGUCUUUCACCAGCAAGGGAACCUCUUUGGUACCAAAGGGAGAUGGGAUUGACAUUGAAGAGAAGGAGGAGUGUAUCCCCAGUAGCUCUGGCCAUCUGAGGGAGCUCUUAAUCACCCCGGACAUCAGCAGUGCCUCUGCAUUCCCACUGCAGUACUUGAUGGACUCCAGCAAAGAUGAUGUCAUCUGUUUGGUCGCCAUACUGGUGAUAAGGUUGCUAUCGGAGAUCAGACCCUCAACCCUAGAUGGACCCUCCCAACAGGCAGCAGACGUGACAGCAACAUCUCAGCAACUCAUCAGACAAGUCCUGUCUGAGUUCUGUGCUGCAUCUAGAUUCUCCAGGACACAGGCAUAUUCCCAGAACCUGAACAUCCAAAGGGUGUUCAGAGGUGUACAUAAAAACCUCAUGGAGGAGUUUGGCUCUUAUAACACCCUGCAAGCAGCUAUUUCCUCCCAGGACCCUGCAUUUGACAGAGUCCUGGUAAAGUCCUUGACCCAGCAGCUGGUACAGGGAUGCAAGGAGGCGUCAAGACCAGCUUCUGCUGCAACAAACCCAUCAGACCAGGCUGAGACAGAGAGGGGGGCUGAGCAGAAAGCAAGAAGGAGCUUCCUUUGCUUUUCAAUGACCAAACUCAGGAUCAACUUCAAGCGUUCCAAGAGAGGAAACAAAAAGGACUGCCAUUCAGUCCAGGAACAGACUGAGAUUCCCUCUACUGAUGGACAUUGCAUAGCUCCAGUUGGAGAGGUUUCUCCCUCCAUAUCUCAGCCUGUCAAAAAACGAUCCUUGAUUGUCAGGGUCUUUUCAGCAAUGAUGAAGCCAUUCAGGCGCUUCACCAAGAAGAACCUGUAACCUGUUACGCUGCAUGAGGAACUACUUUUGUAACAGCAAGACUUUUGACAAGAGGAAUUUCUGCAUGUCUACCCUUUCAAAGUAUAUUUGAUCAAAUAAAUGGCAAUGAUUUUACAAGAAU